AUGUGUGAUGUGUACAGGGUUUCUUCCUCUGUCAGGGUGGAGCAGAUGGAGGCAGAGCUGUCGCAUCAACUCUCAGCACUCAGGGCGGAAAUCGAGGCGAACGGGUUUCCACACGGAGCAGGGACCUCCGAGUCAUACAGUUCUGUUCCAGCUCCAAAAGAUGUUUCCUUCUUCCGUUUGGAGAGGGAACACGCGCUGAGGAGAGGGCUUCAGGUGGCUGAAGCUUUGCCAGUUCAGUCCCAGGCUGAAGUGAUGCAGAGAGAGCUGGAGAGUUGCUUGAGGCUCGAGUACACACCUGAAAGUCUGCCUUCCCUCCUGCACCAGUUUUAUACGGACAGAUCAUAUCACUUGGCUCAGAUCAAAUAUCUGCUCAUGCUGAGAUGGAGGAGGUUUUGCCGCCACACCAGCGUCAUUGAGAGGCUUUAUCCUUAUUACAAGGAUCAGGUGUCGUAUUUGACGGGUGAGUACGAGGACGGCGUUCAGAGAGCUCGCAGACUGUCGGCGAGCAGAGAGGAGAUCUUGACUGGCCGAGGAAACCCCGCUCACCUGGUCACUCAGGGCGACGUGGUCAUUUACCUCCGGUGGCUGGUCUGCCAUCUGCGCUCCGUUCAGACCGUUCACAACUUCCUCAGGGUGCUCCACUAUAUACCAGCCAGUGAAAGGAAAGAAUUUCAGCCAACCAUCACAAAGGAGGAGGAAACUUCACAUCAGACCCAACAUGCUGAUGGAGUUUCAGGACAAGCGGGAAGUGUUCCCCUGCACUCUGUUCUCCUGGAGGAGUUUCUACCUGAGCUGCAGUCAUUAAUCACCUACUUCCACCUGCCAUAUGACACUGGCAAACUCAGGACCACCGCGGAUGAGAUGGAGUUGUUCAGCACGGUGUGGCGGGAGUUCAGACAAAUCUUCAGACGGCAGGAGCAGAUGAAAACCUUUCCUCAGUACGGCGGCUCGGAGGUCGAAGAGAGCCAGUGGGGGAGGGAGAGUGCGAGCAGGGCCCUGAGAAAGGAGGCCAACUGGAUCCCUUUCAUCCAGGUGAAACCCAGACAGGAUCCAUGGCAGCAGAAGCUCGUCACAAAGCUGAAGGAAAGGAAAUCUGUCGACGAGCUGCUGAGGAUGCACUGCAGCUUUCUUCAGGACCCCGAUCUGCUCCAUGUGGCUGCGGCUCUAAAAGACCAGGGCGCUCACGCCGGCGAUUCACAGUCCCCACCGACCUCAUCCGCCUCGCGCAGCAGAGAGACCAAACGACGAAAGGCCUCCGAGAUGUGGACGAGCGUUUACGACGCGGCGGGUUUGAGUCAGGAAACACACGGUCACUCAUCCGGAUCCAGAGGAAGAGGAGGCGACGACAGAAGGAGUUUCAAGAGUCCCAGAUCAACACAUGAAGGCUAUUCUUUCGAGGAGAGCCUGCAGCUCCUGGGUCUGGACGAGGGUCUGGAGGAGGGAACCUCAGAUCCCAUCGUAACCAGAGGUGCUUACCUGUCCCUGAUUUACCUGCGUCAUCUCAAACUUAGAGAGCUCCAGCGCGUGUCUCUCGGGAUGCUGAACUACCUGCGCUCUGUGGAGAGGACUCUAACCUUCGACCUGGCAGGUCUGCGGCUGGAGGAGGGAGAGCAGCGCGGCACAGCGGAAGAAACGGGCUGGAUGAAUGCGGCCAGAGGAGGAAGAGGAGAGGCAGGGGGCCUCGGCUCGCUCCAGUACAACCACAACACUCCGGUUGACUACAAGGUUCAUUGCUCGGAGUUUAUGGAGUUUGCCGAGGUGGAGAACCUUCAUGAUUUCUACAGUGCCGGGGAGCGUGUGGUCCACACUCAGGACCAGAGGGGGUUUCACGUCGUGUACGACGCAGCCCUGAAGGACCUGGACGAGCUGGAGAAUGAGCUGCUUCUAGUCGGCUCACACUUCAUCCGGAGAAGCACGACAGAGGGGAUGGGCAAAGCUGGGGAAGCCUCCGACUCCGGCUCGGCAGCGGACAUCAGCUCCUGGGCCGGGACCGGUGUUGAUCGAGUCGCAGUGCUUCUCGACUUGUGGACGUGCGAGACGGAGUUUUUGGAUGGCAAAGUGCAGCUUUUAAACUGUUACUGUGAAGCCUACCAGCAUGCAGCAGGGACUGAGGAGAGGUUUGCACUGGCCCGAGUUAUCACUGACAUCAUGCACAGUAGACCACAGCUGGACCUGAACCAGGACUACUUUGUUCAGGCCUACAGGGCCGAGAUAGACUGCCUGCGAGAUCACCAGCAGCUGAUCAAGGACAUUCUGAAUAGUCAGAUUGAAAAGCAGCGGCAGUACCUCCAACGCGUCUGGGGAGACGACCGUAAAGGCUCCGCUCACGACUAUGGUCUUCCACUGAACUACGUUCCCAAACAUAAGGUCUCACUUGGAGGCAGCAGCCCUGCACUGAUGAACACAUUCCUCCUGGAGGUUCACCCGUCCCUCUGCAUGGCCUCCGCAGUCUAUCACGGUUUAGUCCAGGCUCACACGGAGCUAUGUCAGCUGCGCCGAGCCACGAGCGUCUCCGACAAACUCACCCUGCGACGGAAGCUCCUGCAACAGGCCCUGCAGAGCUGGAACAACCUGGUUUCCCUUGGAGCCUCCUACAGCUCUCAGAUACAGAAGGAUUUGUUCUCAGAUGUGUUCUUCGAGGACCCAGUUUUGGUCCAAAAGUUGGGGCUGUCAUUAGUAAAAUCUGCAGAGGAGGAGGACAUGAAGCAUGGACGAGAGAAACGGUCGCAUUCCGUGGAAACUUUCUCCAAGCUGCUGGAGCUCGUCACCAUCCGCCAUCGACUGCUGGAGUCGGCCUCUGAGACUGCACAUCUGGCCCAGUUGUACAGAGGUGUGGCCUCGGAGCUCGGCUUCAGCGAGGUCCACCUGUAUCUGAGGCCGCUGCAGUUUGAGGUCGCUGAAAAGAGAGACCGAACGGAGCAGAGGCCUAUUUUUCUCACAGCGAUACUGGAGGAUGACGCUGCUGUGGAUAGGUUCACCCCGUCCCACCUGCCUCUGAGCAUCCAGGAACUGGACGAGAACCAGAUCGGGAGGUUUAGCUUCAGCUCAGAGGAGGCAGUUAUUCACCUUAUGAACAAACAGAGUAUGGAGAACCUCCAGGUGACGCUGGCCUGUCAGGUUACGCAGAAGAACGCCUUGAUAAGUGCUGUGAAAGUGGCUUGUCUAUGCUAUUGGGCAGAAAGUGAGACAUCGUCAGCUGAGAGUGAAGAAGCGCUUCAUUCUGAUGAAGAUGUAAAAUCUGCAAUGAGAUUCGACUCCAAACUUGGAGGCGACACUGAAAACCCGCAGGAAAAAUCAAACUCUUUACCAUCCAAAGGCCCCACGAGAACUCCCACCACCACCACCACCACCACCAAGAGGAGGUAA